AAAUAAAUGGAAUAGCAUAUGACUUGGCUUCUUCUACUCCUACUACUGUUGUGAGAAAUUCUCGUUUUAAUUUAUUACGGAAAGAGUUGCAUAGCUUAGAAGCUAAUUAUCUUAUUAUUGAGGCAACGAAAAUACUUUUUUUUACUGAAGAAGCAAAUCAUAUUCAAGCAAGAAAGCAUAUACUUCGUGGAAUUAAUGGUUAUGAUUGUCCCGAGUUCUUUUACCUGGAAAAGGUUCAGGAAAGACUUAACAAAUAUAAUAUUCCCAAGUCUCCUUCAAUGCAAAAUCUAAUAGAUAUAAUAAUAAUGCUAUGUAUGCGAUUAGCAGAUUAUAAUCCUGACUAUUCUUGGUACUGUAUUGGUUAUGCAAAAAAUAAAGGUGAGAAAUCAAUACUGGAUAAAUUUCCCUUCUUGUUAAAAAAUAAGGAUGGGAAUACUAAUAUUGCACCUCUUAAUCAAUUCUUAAGUCACCAUAGAAUUACCUCAUAUAUGUUAAAAAAAAUAGGUGCCGAUCAUGCUUCCAGAGUACAUAAAGAUAGAAAUGAUUCCUGCCAUCAAUAUUUACGGCAAUUGGCAUAUAGACAUAAAAUAGGUCAUACUUUAUUAGUUGAACAUUAUGGUGUAAUGAAUGACAGACCAAAUACCCCAUCACCUAAACAAGAAAAUAAGCCGGACCCAGAUUUAGAUUUAGACAAGGACUCAGAUGCGCUAACCAGAAAUGAAUCU